GUCUCUGCUUGCCUGUGCUUGCUCAGUCCUUCUGAAUCAACAUGAAGAUACCUCGUUGGUCCAUGUCCAUGGGUGUCAUCCUCCUUGCCCUCCAAACAAGAGCAACUUCAGCGCUGGAGUUCACCUCUGCUUGCUCACCAGUCAUCCAAGAAAACACAAUCUCCUUUUUCAGCCAUGCCCCCUUGACCUUCUCCUUCGAGAUCCCCAGCGCCUCUGCCUGUGCAACAAGAUGUGGCGAGGUGUCCUCCUGUCGGGCCUGGCUGUAUUCCAGUUCCGGCAAGGAAUGUCAACUCUACCGCGAGCAGCCGCGGUCUCAGGCGAAAAACCCGCUUUUUAUCUCGGGCCUCUGUACCGGAUCCUCCUCUGCGGAGUCCCCCCAGGUCUCUAUCACCUCGUCUUCGAGAAUAAGAGUGUCAAGUCACGGUCUGAACCAACCGCAACAACCCACACCGAGUACCCCUGCAAAGCGCAACGGGUCUGAGCAUCUUCAUCGGCGUCAUGAUCACGACCUCCGUCAUCAACACCACCACCACCACCAUGGCACUUAACUUGAGAAGAACGAUACGCCAGUAUUUGCACCUUCCGGAUGGAGCGUGGUGACUAGGUACCUACUAGGAAGUCAAUUACCGCCUGCGAAGCAAUUUCCUUG